CCGGCCGGCGGGCGAGCGCUGCUGCUGCCCGCUGUGCUGCUGUGCCUGUGCUGCCGGGCGGCGCCGGAGCGGCUCCGCUACGCCAUCCCCGAGGAGCUGCCCACAGGCUCGCUCGUGGGGCCGCUGGCACGGGACCUGGGGCUCAGCCCGGACGAGCUGCCGGCGCGCAAGCUGCGGGUGGCGUCUGCCGGCAAAAGGCAGCUGAAAUACUUCACCGUGAGCGAGGAGAACGGAAACCUGUACGUGAGCGAGAGGCUGGACCGGGAGCAGCUGUGCGGUGAGUCGGCGUCCUGCUCUGUCAGCUUCGAGGUGCUGGUGCACAACCCCCUAAAUAUUUUCCAUGUCGAGGUGGCCAUUGAGGACGUGAAUGACAACUCCCCGGCCUUCAGGAAGGCUGCCCUGGAACUAGAGGUCGACGAAUCGAUUCCUCCCGGCACUCGUUUUCCCCUGGAAAUGGCCCACGAUUCAGACGUGGGCAGCAACUCGCUGCUGACUUAUGAGCUCAGCAGCAACCCUUCCUUCACUCUGGCCAUGAAAGAGAGACAAGGAGGAAAGAAGCUGCCUGAAUUAGUGCUGGAGAAAGCGUUGGACCGGGAGAAGCAGAGUUUCUUUGAACUCAUUCUUAGUGCACUGGAUGGUGGGGACCCCGCGAGGUCCGGGACAGUCCACGUUCGGGUCAACGUAUCUGAUGCCAACGACAACCCGCCCGUGUUUGCCAAGAGCAUCUACGAGGCGCGAGUGGCAGAGAACCUACCAGCGGGGUCGCUGGUGCUGCGGGUGCGGGCCACGGAUGCGGACGCGGGGUCCAAUGGGCGGAUCUCCUACUCCUUCGGGGACGUCCUGGAAUCUGUCAGCGCUUUAUUCUCUGUUGACAGAAACAGUGGCGAGAUUAGAACUGCGGGACCCCUCGAUUUCGAAGAGAAGAGUAAGUACAGCUUCAGCGUGGAGGCGACGGACGGAGGAGGGCUCACCGAUCACUGUGAAGUGAAGAUAGACAUCACGGACGAGAAUGACAACGCGCCGGAGAUUACAAUAUUGUCCCUGUCGAGCCCAGUGCCCGAGGACUCGCCGACCGGCACCGUGGUGGCCCUACUCAACGUCCAUGACUCAGACUCUGGUGAGAACGGUGAGGUGUCGUGCGAGCUGUCGGGAGAGGCGCCGCUGUCGAUCGUGGCGUCGUCGGGCGGCUCGUACAAGGUGGUGACGGCGAGCGCGCUGGACCGCGAGCAGGCGUCCGAGCACCGCGUGACGGUGGUGGCCCGGGACCGGGGCAGGCCGGCGCUGUGGAGAGAGGGCAGAGAUGCCAACUGGAGAGACCUUGAUAGGCUGGAGGAGUGGGCCUGUGCAAACAUCAUGAAAUUCAACAAGACCAAAGAAAUGGUCCUGGACCUGCCUCAGGGUAAUCUCCAGUGGGAAAUUGAGACCAGCCUUGCAGAGAAGUACAUGGGGUUACUGAGACCCCAGCGCCGGUGCAGCCUCCAGCGCGGCGAAAAUGCGGACCCCUUUGAGCGCGGCCCAAAGGCGGCUGCAGUGCUGCGGCGGCGCCUCCGGGUGUCGCUGUUGGCCGCCGCCGAGCGGCGCUGGAGCCGCAGCCGCCGCCGCCGCAGCGUCCUGCCCCCGCAGGCUGCUCGCUCGCCCGGCCAGUGGCGGCCAGAGCGGCAGCGGCACGGGCAGCAGAGCCGGCAGUGUUGCGGUGCCGGCGGUGCGGCGGCGGCGAUGUGCUCGGCGGGGAGGCGCUGGGGCCGGCGGCAGCGAGUCCUGCUCUGGGGCGUCCUGCUGGCGGCCUGGAAGGCGGCGUGGGGGCAGCUGCGCUACUCGGUGCCCGAGGAGAUGCCCAAGGGCUCGUUCGUGGGCGACGUGGCCAAGGACCUGGGGCUGCAGCUGCCGGCGCUUCCAGACCGCGGCAUCCGCGUUGUCACUGAAGGUAGGACGCAGUAUUUCACCCUGCACGAAAAGACGGGACAUUUAGUGACGGCCGAGAGGAUCGACAGAGAGCAGCUGUGCCGGCUGGUGGAGAAAUGCGUGCUGCGCUGUGAGCUGAUAGUGGAGGGGGAAAUGCAAGUAUAUGGUAUUGAAGUAGAAAUCACGGACAUUAACGAUAACACACCUAGCUUCAAAGAAAUUGAAGUGGAGGAGAGGAUAAGCGAGACGACAGUGCCGGGAUCGCGGUUUCCCUUGGCCGAGGCUCAUGACCCGGACUCGGGACGGAAUUCCUUACAGAGCUACGAUCUGAGCGGCGACGAGCACUUCUCACUGGCCGUGCAGACGGGCCCCGGCGGGGAUCAGCGUCCCGAGCUGGUGCUGGCGAAGGCCCUUGACCGGGAGGAGGCGGCGUUCCACGAGCUGGUGCUGAGGGCGAUGGACGGCGGCGAUCCGGCCCGGACGGGCACGGCGCGGAUCCGCGUGACGGUGCGGGAUGCGAACGACAACGCGCCCGUGUUCAGCCAGGCGGAGUACACGGUGCGUGUGCCAGAGGACGUACCCGUGGGCUCCGUCCUCGUCACCGUCACGGCCGCUGAUCCUGAUGAGGGGCUGAAUGGGCACGUGAAAUAUUCGAUGAAGAAAGCGAAGGACAUGGCAUCGCAUAUUUUCCAUGUAGACGCCGAGACUGGAGAGAUCACACUAUUGCAAAGCUUUGACUUCGAGGAAGGCAAUUUCUACGAACUGGAGGUGCAGGCUCGCGAUGAUGGCGACCUUUUCGACAUGGCCAAAGUUUUGAUCACUGUCACAGACAUAAAUGACAAUGUGCCAGAGAUUUCGGUGAGGUCAGCACUAAAUGAGAUUUCAGAGGACGCUCCAUCAGGAACGGUGGUGGCCCUGCUGCACGUGCACGACAGAGACUCGGGGGCCAACGGCGAGGUGCGCUGCUCGCUCGACGGGGAUGUUCCGUUCAGCCUGGAGAAAUCCUAUGAGGACUACUACCGCGUGGUGACAGCGAGAGAGCUGGACCGCGAGCAGCAGUCGGAGUACAACGUGACGGUGCGGGCGUCCGACGGCGGGUGGCCGGCGCUGCAGAGCAGCAGGGUGCUGGCGCUGCGGGUGCUGGACGUGAACGACAACGCGCCGGUGUUCUCGCAGGAGCGCUACAGCGCGCGUCUGCGGGAGAACAACGCGGCGGGCGCGCUGGUGCUGCAGGUGCGGGCCACGGAUGCGGACGCGGGAUCCAAUGGGCGGGUCUCCUAUUCCUUCAGCAACGUCCCGGAGGCGAUCCAUGAGUUGUUCUCUAUCGACAGCGAGAAUGGCGAGAUUAGGACGUCGGCUGCCCUUGAUUUCGAGGAGAAAAGUGAAUACAGCUUCGGCCUUGAGGCGAGGGACGGUGGUGGACUCACGGGUCACUGUCAAGUGCAGAUAGACAUCACGGACGAGAACGACAAUGCACCCGAGAUCGCAAUUCUGUCACUGUCGAGCCCCGUGCCCGAGGAUGUGCCAGCCGGCACCGUGGUGGCCCUGCUGAAAGUUCGUGACCGGGACUCCGGCGAGAACGGUGAGGUAUCGUGCGAGCUGUCGGGAGAGGCGCCGCUGUCGAUCGUGGCGUCGUCGGGCGGCUCGUACAAGGUGGUGACGGCGAGCGCGCUGGACCGCGAGCAGGCGUCCGAGCACUGCGUGACGGUGGUGGCCCAGGACCGGGGCAGGCCGGCGCUGUCGAGCGCGGCGGAGCUGGUGCUGGAGGUGUCGGACGUGAACGACAACGCGCCGGUGUUCGAGGAGGCGGCGUACAGCGCGUACGUGCGGGAGAACAACGCGGCGGGCGCGCUGGUGGUGCGCGUGAGCGCGCGGGACGCGGACGCGGGCGCCAACGGGCGCGUGAGCUACUGG